UUUAUCUACAUUUGUAUUGCUUAAAGAGCUCCUAGGCAGAUAAUUUUAGGUCGAAAUCCUCUUUCAUCUCUCGGAACUAGCACAUCCUGGCAAGAAGACAUUGUCUUUGAAAGACAUCGAACUGAUAGAUCCGGAACGACUAAAGAGGGUUUCAGCAACAGAACGCCUCAUCAACCUGAAAGCCGUGGCGAGCAAGGAGGAACGAGGUUUUGGAACGGCGGUGUUGGAAUCAGCCUAUCGGUUCCUGCUUGGAUCACUCGCAGGAGCAUGUGGCGCCACCGCCGUUUACCCUAUAGAUCUCGUAAAGACGCGAAUGCAAAAUCAAAGAACCUCCGGCUCAUUUGUCGGCGAAGUCAUGUACAAAAAUAGUUUGGACUGUUUCAGGAAGGUCGUCAAGUUUGAAGGCCUACUGGGACUCUACCGCGGUCUUCUACCUCAAAUCGUUGGUGUAGCUCCUGAGAAGGCUAUUAAGCUAACGGUGAAUGACUUCGUGAGGGAUAAAUUUACGAAAGAAGGCAAAAUUCCAUUUGCCGCUGAAGUGUUCGCCGGAGCUUGUGCCGGUGGAAGUCAGGUGAGAAUAUCCGCUUAUUUCUGGAUUUUCCCUUUUGCAAAACUGAUGUCAUCGCUAACCGUUACCCUUAUUCGCUUCGGAACUUGUUCCUUUACUCGUUUGGGUAAUGCUCUCACUCAGAUCUGGGCCAGGCCUCGG